AUGUUUUCCUUAGCACGGACAAUAGCAGAUGUCAAAAAUAAGCCGACAAGGACUCCAAUGGCCAAUCGAAUUCUACUUGGCACAAUCUGUCGAUUAGAUAGCACUCCAAGGUUGGAUGACAUCAAAGUUGGCGCUGUGUCCUUUCGUGGAAAUUCCACCAUUACAACGACUAAACAAAGUUUAAUGAAUCAUGGAAUGGUCUUCGAUAUGAAAAUACCAACGAAAUCAAGAAAAAUGAAAAUCGUGGCAACGGCAGUGCAGAAAAAGAAGCCGAUUUCGAACAUUUGGCAAGAUAAACACGUUCUUAACACCCUAUUUAAAUAUCUUCGACCAAAAGAUGUCCUUCAAUGUUCUUCCGUUUGUAAGCUAUGGCAUGACAUUCUGAUACCCCAUUAUGUAAAUGGUAUGCGAUUGGUUAUUGAUUUCAAGCGCUCCAACCAAUCAAAGCGGGAGCAAAUGGAGGAACAGCUUCGAUUAGCUUAUCGGUGGAAGAUUUCUGCAGUCUCAUUGGUUCAUAUGCGAGAUGAACAUGUAUCGAAUUUUAUUCGAGCCUAUUAUACCACAUUUCGAGAAUUCUUCCCUCAGUGCCCUAUUUCUUCACCAGAAUUUGAUGAUGAUGAAGCAUUUAAAUCUGUUCCAGAUCUUUUAGACAACAGUUCUUGUACCGAUAGCCUUGAUCGAUUUCACCUUCGACGGCUGGAGAGUGCACCAAUUGAAAUUAUCAUGAAGCCUUCCCGUCACAUCACUCAGUUAACUGUUGACAAGUGUUACCUUAGUGAUUACGCUCUUGAGCAGAUGUUGACAGUUAUGCAUACGGUGACAAAUUUAUCAAUUUUCAGCUGCAAUCGUCUUUCUGAUAUGGCACUUUGGUCAUGUCUUCGACCAUGGACAACACAACUUUGUGUGAGAGAUUGUUUGAACUUCAAAGACGAUGCACUCCAAGCGAUUAUUCAGAGUGCUCCAGGACUGCAAGAAUUAGAUGUUCAGGUGAGCAUACAGCAAUUGAGGGUUUUGUCUGUCUGA